CUCCGCUCUGCGCUGAUGCAGGGGGGGUUUCCAUCAUGGCGUCGAUGCAGAAAAGGCUUCAAAAGGAAUUAAUGGCUCUGCAAAAUGAUCCACCCCCAGGAAUGACGCUUAAUGAGAAAAGUGUACAGAACACCAUCACACAAUGGAUUGUAGAUAUGGAAGGCGCACCUGGCACAUUGUAUGAAGGAGAGAAAUUCCAGCUGCUUUUCAAAUUUAGUAGUCGAUAUCCUUUUGAUUCACCUCAGGUAAUGUUCACAGGAGAGAAUAUACCUGUCCACCCUCAUGUGUAUAGCAACGGUCACAUCUGUUUAUCUAUUCUGACGGAAGACUGGUCACCAGCCCUCUCUGUGCAAUCAGUUUGUCUUAGUAUUAUCAGCAUGUUGUCCAGCUGCAAAGAAAAGAGACGACCACCUGAUAACUCGUUUUAUGUAAGAACAUGUAACAAAAAUCCAAAGAAAACAAAAUGGUGGUAUCAUGAUGAUACAUGCUAAUGUACAAACUUUGUUAUAACUGUAGAAGAAAGAAGUCCUUCUGACCUACAUAAAGCACUUUUUAAUCAUUCAGUCUUUGAACUCUGACCUUUGACUGGAAUAAUGGACACCAUACGGUGGAGGCUUGACUGCAUUUUCCAAGCGGGCAGUUGGCUGCAUGUUUUAGUUGGUUGUAACAUAGAAAAUGAAAAUAAACGGAAAUUUAGAAGAACCCAAGAUGUAUAGUUUUUGGCAAACGGGAUAUAAAUGCAGCAAGAAAAGGGAGGAAGAUUAAUAGGGAGACUUAAAAAUUGCAGUUUUGUUUGUUUUCUUUUUUUUUUGUAAGUGUGUGUGUGAAUUUAAAGGUACUUGUGGUGUGCAAUACCUACUGAUGGAUGCAUGCUUGGGCCUGCAAAGAGAAAUCAUUUAGUAAUAAUUCUUUCUAGAAUGGAUCUGACCCAUCAAGCCCCAAGAAAAUGCUUCAUCUGUUUUUCUUUUGUUUUUAUGCACUGUGAAAGUAUCUGGUUUGAAAAGGAACUACUUGUAUGUAAUCCAUGACUUGCAGAGAUAUUGUAAGCUUUCAUUGUUUGGAAACCACUGUAGAGAGAUUACAUUAUUUUUCUUCAUCUUCCAUCUGGAGAUCUGGUUGGUUCUUCCUUCUGUGGAACAAACGGGGAUAAAACGGAUAAGCCGAUGCAUCUGUAGUCAUCCGAGGACCUCUGUGCACAUCUCCUCGUAAGGUUGGGGUAGUUGUGACUAGUCCAGCCUUCAAGGUGUGCUGCAGCCUCUCUUCCACUCAAAGAAUGUCUGUAAGAGAACAUUGAUUCAUUUUUAUAUGUAUGAUUAUAUAUAUAAAUAUAUAUUUAUGUAUUUUUUAAAUUAACAUGCUUUAAUUUUCUGUCUUUGAAACAUUUGAUUUUAAAUCUGCUUUUGUACUUUUUUUCUGACUAGCUGAUACUUUGGAAAGGGGUUUGUUUUGAAGGGUCAGUAUGUUUUUCUUGUUUUUCUUUGGUAUUUUGUAAUUUAAUUUAAAUCCUUGUUUGAUCUCCAGAGCAGCAAUGAAUGAUUAAAAGCAGAGUCGUUUAGAAAGCUUUCGUGACGUUCCCCCUGUCAGAGUUUUGGCUCAGGUACUUUUUUCAAUAAAUCACCUCAAAAAGAUACCUAUUAAAUAUUUUGAAUUUAACUAUAUUUUCAGCAAAAGAGACUGUUAUGUUGUAAAGUUAAUACAUUGAAAAUAUUGUAUAUAGGUCUUUAAAGUGCGUAAGAUGCAUUUAGUGUCUGGCUUAAUAAUGAAAGCAGUGCUUUAUUUCAAUGGAAGUUAGCAUCUUUUGCAAAUUCUGGUAUGUACAGUCAGUUGCAGACAUAAAUUGGUACAGAAAAGUAUAAAGUUUUACAGCGGGGAUGCAUGUGAUUUCAAACCCUACCCUGUCAUACCAAUAUCAAACAUAGCGAGAACUUUUAGUCUUUCCAGCCUUUAGAAAGUUGCUUUCAGAUAAUUAUGACAAAGCUCACCUUUAGAGCCUGUGAUCACUCCAUUCCUAAUUAAACUUUUAUCUGGUAAGAUACUUGAAUUUUCCAGCUUGGGUUGUUCAUAUUGACUUUUUUUGGGGUUUGGGGACGGGUUGAUCUAGCAGAGUCUCUUGAGUGAAUGCGAUGAUGCCACUGCUGUCUCAAAAACGACUUAAAGACAAUUAUUUGCUUUUUUUUGUCAUUAUCCUAAUGGGUCUUGAGGGCUGUAAUUUUCUUAAGAGGACAAAAGAUAAAGAACAAGUUGCCGAUUUAAAAUAAGUCCUUUAUCCAGCAGGCAGUAGAUCGGGAGUUUUAAGAACUUGAGUGAGUACUGGUAUGUUACAUCAUUUUUUUUUUUUUUUUUUCUUUAUGGUUAUUUUGGUUGUCUUUUUUUUCCCUCAAUGUGUUUUGAACUUUUAGUUUGCAGGUUGUGAGUGAUAAACACUAAUAAGGGUGUGUUAUUUAUAUUUAAAACUUUUGUUCUGGGAUGUGCAAGCUCCAUGUAAAAGGUGCCUGUUCAUUUUCAUAAUCAAUAAAGCAAAAA